AUCUGUAAUGUUAAUUUGUGGUUCUCAGCGGUAUAAUUCAUUUUUAGAUUUAGAUAUUAUUUCGUAAAAAUGGAAAAAAUACCUCCAAAACCUAAGAAGACAAAAAAUGCUACCAGAGAAGACCUGUUAAAAAUGGAGAAAACUGAAUUAGUCGAAAGAAUAUUACAAUUAGAAGCCCACAAUGUACAGUUAAAGAAUAUAAUAGCUAAAAACUUGAGUGACCAAUCCCAAAGUGAUGUAAAUUUAAAGAAAAAAUCAUUUGAUUUCACCAAAUGUCACUACCGCCGUAUUCUCCUCCAUUUACUCUAUUUUGGUUGGGACUACCAAGGACUUGCUGUACAGGAAGAUUCCAACCAGACCAUAGAACAUCACCUUUUCAAUGCCUUAACAAAAUCAUGUCUCAUACAAAGUCGGGAAACAUCAAAGUAUCAUAGAUGUGGCCGCACUGAUAAAGGUGUUAGUGCCUUUGGGCAGGUAAUAUCAAUAACUCUCAGAAGUAAACAUCCACCUGAUGAGCAGUACAUAGAUAGUUCCAUUUCUAAUGAGAUGCCAUACUGCAAGAUAUUGAACCGUCUGUUACCGAAGGAGAUCAGAGCACUAAGGUGGAUACCCAUACCUGAGGAGAAACCUGAGUAUAGUGCUAGAUUCGAUUGCAAAAAAAGGCGAUAUAAAUACUACUUUCCUCGCUCAUCAUUAAACAUUUCCGCCAUGCAGGAUGCCUGCAAUCGCUUGCUCGGCUCUAAUGACUACCGCCAUCUUUGCAAAAUGGAUGUCGGUAAUGGCGUUACUGAGUUUCGGCGAGAAAUAUUUAGAGCUGACAUCAUACCUGUUGUGGAUGAGAGCAGUGACCCGACAUCUAUGUAUUGUCUCGUCAUAGAAGGGAAUGCAUUCCUCUGGCAUCAAAUUAGGUGUAUUAUGGGAGUGUUGCUGCUUGUCGGACAGGGGAAUGAAUCACCUGAGAUCAUAUCUGAACUGUUGAAUGUAGAAAAGCAUUCCAGAAAACCACAAUACAACAUGGCGUUGGAUGUGCCGUUAAAUCUAUUUCACUGUUCAUAUGAGUUGGAAGAGACAAAUAAUUGGGUAUAUGACCAAGACGAAUUGAGAUGUGUCAUAUCACACUUGCAGACAGAAUGGACUGUUCAUAAUAUUAAAACUACAAUGAUAAAAGAUUCAAUUCAGCAAUUAGAAAUAGAAUAUGCUAAACUUUUAUGCGGACAUGAUGAGGAAAAGGAUGGAGGCAAUGAGAAACACAGAGAUGGAGUGAUGUCAUAUACUGACUGUUUAAUACAAGGAGUUAAAGCUAGAGUAUAUACACCUCUUUUGAAGAGAGAUACCUGUUCAAGUCUAGAAGAAAUGAUCGAGUUUUACAAAAAGAAAAGAAAAAUCACGUGAAUAAAAAUUAAUUGUU